UUGUAGACAUACUUUCAAUCAGGACCUACAUGUCUGAAUGUGCGUAACGAUUUUUGACCGCAACUCGCAAACGCACAUUAUUAGCCGCAGCACCCGCCUGUGUUUGUUAUACUUACUCGGCGGCCGACGAUAUUGAACCUAUGUUUUUCUAUAUCACAGUACAAUUUCCGUCGCGAUAGUCGACGGGAUAACCGUCAUGAAGUUAUGGAAGUUGUUUUUUGCUAUUUUCGUGGCUCUAUCGUUACAGACUACCCGUGGUAACGUGCAAGGUCUACCCUGUUUGACUUGCCCAAAUGCUACAAAUACCAUUAAUAAAACCAAAAUCAACAUCACCAAUACUGUCGAUAAUGUCAGUUACUUUUUCGGUAAUGAUACUUAUCAGAGCCAACUGGGAACACGAGAGAUCGCUGUUGGAAGUCUAGAUUCGUUACGAGAGUCAAAAGCAGAUCUAUCAGAAGGGCGGGGAAAGAAGAAGAAGAAGAAAAAAAUCAAAAACAGUUCGAUGAACAUAAUGGUCGGUGGAAGCAUAAUGGCAGCUUUCGUCGUAAUAUUUAUGUUUUUGAAUAUGAUAACCGCGACACUCGGAAAAGCACUACUUUUCACGUUCAUUGCCAAGUUUUUGGUAUCUGUAAAUUGGAAAUCGUCGGAAUCGUCAAAGAAAAAACCUUCUCAUAAUGACAUAACAGUCUUAAUGACGUGAAAUACGUUUACAACCAAAAUAUUUUUAUUUUUAAUUAUUACAUAACCAAAAAUAUUUAUACAAUAAAUUAAUAUUAUUGCAUUUUAAAAUUAUUUAUUAUAAAUUA